GGACACGGGCGCGCCGCGGCCGCCGGCCCAACGCCGCCGCGCAGGUGGCUUUUUUGAUGCUGUAGGGUCAUUACGUGGCUGAAGACUAAACAUGAGAAUAGCCGGUGCUGCGAAGUUGGUAGUAGUCGUAGCAAUAUUUUUGUUGACGUUUUAUGUCAUAUCUCAAGUUUUUGAAAUAAAAAUGGAUGCGAACUUAGGACACAUAUUUGCUAGAUCAGCAUUGGAUGCAGCUGCACGUGCUACAAAACCUCCAAGGUACAAAUGUGGCAUUUCUAAAGCCUGUCCUGAAAAGCACUUUGCAUUCAAAAUGGCAAGCGGAGCUGCAAAUGUAGUUGGGCCUAAAAUUUGUGUAGAAGAUAAUGUUUUAAUGAGCGGAGUUAAAAACAAUGUUGGCAGAGGAAUAAAUGUGGCUUUGGUCAAUGGUAAAACAGGAGAGACAAUAGACACCAAAUUCUUUGACAUGUGGGGUGGAGAUGUGGCACCAUUUAUUGAAUUCCUGAAGUCCAUCCAGGAUGGAACCAUAGUGUUAAUGGGAACAUAUGAUGAUGGUGCAACCAAGCUUAAUGAGGAAGCACGGAAGCUGAUUGCUGAAUUAGGAAGCACAUCCAUUACUAACCUUGGCUUUAGAGACAAUUGGGUCUUCUGUGGUGGAAAAGGAAUUAAGACUAAAAGUCCAUUUGAACAGCAUAUAAAGAACAACAAGGACACAAACAAAUAUGAAGGCUGGCCAGAAGUUGUUGAGAUGGAAGGCUGCAUCCCACAGAAGCAAGACUAAAACAAAAGGAAAGAAUGUGGAAGAAAAUGCACUUUCUGCUAUUAAUAGGGAGAGGGCUAUGAAGGAAACUGUACUGUAAAUAAUAUUUUUAAAGCAUGCAACCAUCCUGUCGGUGUGUGCAUGAGCACUGACAUUUUGAAUAUUGGGAUUAUUUAUUGCUAAAACACAUAGCAAUCCUUUUUGUAAAUAUGUCCAAAAAGAAAAAAAAAAACGUGAUUUCUAAGCAGGUUUCCUAAAAGCACAGCAUUUAGUUUAUCUAAAGUAAAUAAUAUCUCUUAGAUAAUGGGCUAAUAAAUUCCAUAUACCAAUGAUAAACAAAUAGAUCCUGACAGGUGUUGUACUGUUCUCUAACAGCGUAAUGUUGCUGUGAGUAUGUAACCUUUGUGGAAUAUGUAGAUUUUAGUGAUAAGUUAAUAAAGAACUUUAAUAUUUUUUUUUUUAUCCUCUGCCUCUUUAAAUGGCAGCAUCACUUUUUAUUAAAGCUAUUUGGUUAUUCUAAUACCAGGUGCUCCAGAAAUUUAUUUUGCAGUCCCCCACCAAAACCUAGUAAUCAGUGAAGGAAGACUACCUGUUACAAAAAUACAGACAUAACACUGAUAAGAAGCACAAUAUUAGUUAUUUUUCUUAAGAGAAGAAUGGAAGUAAAUAUAUAAAUAGUGUAUAUGAUAUUUAAAAGCAAGUUGGAAGGAUUUGUAUUUAACUUGGAAGUCCUAUUUACUUUCUAGAAGAGACCUGGCAUGUUAAGCAGCAGAGACUGUCUUGUACAGGUUUUUGCUCUGCUGCUUAGCCGUCAAUUCUACCUACUGCUGACCAGCAAUACUGGCUGCUCCUAAUAAACGUGCAGAGUGGAAUGCCUUCCCGUUUUAAUUCUAACAGCAGGAAUUAAUUUCCUCUUGAGAAGGGCAUAUUGGAAAGCAGGUUAUCUUCUUGUGAGAGUUGUUUCAGGGUACGCAGUUAUGCAGUUUGUGUUGCAUCUAAUGUGAACAGAGGUGGUUUGUACUUACAGUGAGAUGCUGGAGAGAGCAUUAUAACCUAGGUUAUGUACUGUGUGAAAUUUAAACUUGACUGAUACAACCUUCAUCAUUUUCUUUAAUAGAAAAAAAAUGGACCAAAUCGAAGUGGCCUUAUUCUUUAGCUUUUGUCAGAGCUAUCAGAAAACAGAAUCCUUUCCACAGAAAGUUCUGCUUGUUUUAGUAGGACCAGCUUGAGUUCUGGCAGAAACUAAAUGAGCGGCUCUAAGUGACAGUGCUGGUAUUCACCGGGUAUUCACUAACACAAUUGGGUGUAAUUUGCUGGAGUUUUAUAUGGUGAGUUUUGGUAAAAUGUCUAAAACCUUUUACUAAGUAGCAGAGAAUGGCAGAAGCAAAGGAUUUCUCAGCGAUCACGGUGUGAAUCGAAAACUGUGCGACUCAAAUACUGUUAUCAUCAAUGUGUUCUGAGACAAAUUUAAUUGUUUACACUAAAAAUUUCAAGCAAUAUCUGGAAUAAUUCUGUCACGUAGUUCAAAUAAAUAACCCGUGAUACCAGA